AUGCGAAGAUUAGUGCAUAGGUAUGCAUACGAAUUAUAAGCGUUUACAUAGGUUGGUAUAGAAAUAUGUGGAAGUUGGUAUCGUUGCAACGGUAACAUAGCGGUAAUGCAAUGCAACUUUGCCAAACUCUUCCGUUGCAAUGCAAUACCGUUGAUUCCUGACAUAAUCCUUCGUUUUGUUUGGUUAUGUAAAUCGUAUUGGAUAUUUUUGGUUUUUUAACAUGAACAUCGACGACAAUUUGGCGUCUCUUUUGCAAGAUUAUCCAGCAAUAUGGGAUAAGAGAAACGCAGGCUUCAAGGAUAAUUCGAAGAAGGAAUACGCCUUCAAGGAACUAGCUUCCAUCUUAAACACAACAGUUGAUGUUGUUGCUGCUCGAUACAAAGCUUUAAGAGAGAAAUACAGAAAAGAAAAACUAAAGUUGGAUGUCUCCACAAGAAAUGGAAGUGGUCACAUGCAUUAUCGACAGUGGCACCUGAUGCCUUCAUUAAAGUUUUUGGAUGAUGUUCAAACUAAGAGAAAAACAGUUGCAUCGAUUACAAAGAGCAUUAUGGAAAAAUCUAGCACUGCAAUGGCAAUGCCAACUGUUAAGCAGGAACACGACGACGAUGAUGAAUAUGCAGACUCUGAUAUGCUGGAUAUGCCUGAAUCACCUACCCAACUGUCACCUAUGAUGGUGCCAACGGCGUACGAAUCGCGGACGUCCUCCAGCGAAAAUUUGCAUUUGCCAGAUGCAAUCAUGGAAAAUAAAGGUGCAAAAGAUGGGCAAGAUGAUAUAACUGCAAUCAUGGCAAGACUUGCUGCUGCAGCGGAAACAACUGCAGCCAAAGUGCGGCACGUUAAACCGGCAAUUGACAAUGAAGUUAAUACCUUUACGAAAUACGUGGAGCAGUGUCUCCAUAACAUCUCCGAAGAAUACGUGGACGAUGCGAUUCGAGAUAUAUACAAUGUGUUGUACAAGUAUAAAAAGUUACAUAAGAAAUGAAAAUAUC